AUGUCUCGGGUUAACUUUGAUGAUGGCAUGCAAUACCACACCCUAUUCGAUGAGCCUGGUCAUUAUCCAUUUGGAAUUGGGUCCCCUUCCCAGAAAUUCCUCAAAGAAGCCGCAGUUUUGAUGAAACAGGCGGCCAAUUGGAAGUUGGACAAGGAAAUUGAGAGAACCGAGGGAAGAUUGAUGCAGUAUGGCGCUACCUAUGGAGACACCGACUAUCUGGAUGCCCUUAGGGACUUCUUGGCCGCACAAUACAGGGAUGAGAAGGUUAGUCGGUAAGUUGAGGUUACAAGAAUAAAUGGUCUUCAUUGGGUCAUACAUAACAUAAAAUUUUAGAAAACAUCUCGUCCAAACGGCGGGUGCCACAACUGCAUUGACCACCCUGCUGAAUCAGAUGUUCUGUGAGAAUACCAUCGUCUACUGCGAACAAAUGACUUACUUCCUGGCCGCUGAGAUCUUCAGAAAGCACGGAUAUGAUGUGAAGGGCAUUGAUUUGGAGCGAGACAAUGGAAUCGACAUUGGAUUUGCGGAGCCUAUCAUGCAGAACACCUUCACUCCCACUCAGAUGAAUGCGGAUCUCGACGCAGGCAGAUUUACCAGCAUCUUUUACUUGAUUCCCGUCUAUCAAAACCCCGUCGGCGCAGUGCUCAGUGAAGGUGGGCUUUGAUUGUUAGAUGUUGGAUUGUCUUGUAAAUGAUUUAAUUUUAAAUAUUUUAGUCAAGAAGCAACGAUUACUGGAGAUGGCGAGGAAGAGGAACAUCCUGAUUGUCUGUGAUGACAUCUAUAACAUGUUUAACUAUGAAGGUCCUCCAGUAGAACGAUUGUUCGCCUAUGAUCAAAGGACGAAGGGAAACCGCCGUGGGCAUGUGGUCAGCAAUGGAUCUUUCUCCAAGAUCCUGGCGCCAGGUCUUCGAUUAGGAUGGAUGGAAUUACCCGAAGAAAUAAAAGAGCAGUAUUUCUACAGAAGGUAGGGCAUUUGAAAUGCUGAUUAUAUGUGCUUUUUGUUCGUUGUGGACUUUGUUGUUGUGCUGUUCUGAUUUUUUACUAAUGGUUUUGUUGUUUGUUGCUAAAAUAGUUUCUGUUUUGACUUCGUAGUCCAACAAUAAUGUUCAAUGAGCGAGACAUUGACUUGAACCCCUUUUUACAGCCCCGUGCUCAUUUCCAGUGGUAGUCUGAAUACCUUUACUGGCGGAUUGGUCACCGAACUCCUUCAGAGAGACUUGAUCAGACCUCAUGUGGAGAAACUCCGAGUUGAACAAGCCGAGAAGAUGAGGAUCUUGAUCGCCGAAUUGCAAAAGAACCUCCCGGAUGAUUGCUCCAUUUUGUGCAAGCCGAAAGUAAGUUUGCUUGACUUAUUUUUGGUCCACUUUUGUUGCUUUUUAUAGUUGUCGUCUUAUUUUAGGGUGGAUAUUUCCUCGUGGUCCAGCUACCAUCCAGAAUUCCAUGCGUACCCUUUUGCGAGCAUAUGUGGAAUUCCUUCAGACUCUCAAUUCAUGCCGGAACAAAGUGAGUUUCGUCUAUUUUACAUUUGAUAUUUUUACUUUGUUCAUGUUUUAUUUCGAUUUUUUCAGAUUUGUCCCCGAAGAUAAGGUCUACAAAUUGAACUUCCUGCAAAACUGUUUCCGAAUGUCCAUCGCUUACAUAGAAACCAACCGCAUCGUCCCGGGUGUCAAGAUCUUAUGUAAGGAAUUGGCGAAUUAUGUCCCAAACCCCGAAGACUCAUCCCCUGAAUAA